CUGAGUGGCUUUUCCAUUUUUAAAUUUAACAAAAUUCAUGUGUUUCCACGUUUUCGAAAGACUUAUUUCUUUACUAUAACCAUUAUACCAAAAGUAUUUUUAAUUCCUGUAAUAUUUAGACACACCUUUAGUAUACUGGGGUUAGAAGAUUGCUUUUAGAGGAUAAUUUCUUGAACUGGGUAUUUAUUGCUUCUUAGAGCAUACGUUAGAGUUUAAUAUGGAAAGAUAUAUGAUCGUGCUAGGAAGUUCAUAUAUAUACACACAUAUAUAUGCACAAACACACGCACAAAAUUUCAUGUGUAGAGAUAAAAUAGCAUUUAGUAGACAUUAUAUACUUGUAUCUACUUCUUAUAAAGUGUUUUUAUUUUUAGUAAAAUGUUGAAUAAAGUGAGUUCAGUUCAGUUCAACAAGUGUGCUAAGCUGGAGGGUGGAAGGAGAUUUUUUAAAAUGUGUGAGACACAGUCCUUGGCCUUAUGGAGCUUAUAGCUUAGUUGGCACAGAUGGUAAACAAAUAAUCUUCAUAGAGAUAAGACAGAAAGGUGGUUGAGCUAUAAGAACUAUGGGAAUGCAGAAGAAAGGAUUAAUUCAGGCUGCAUUAUCUACAUUCAAGCUGCCAUUUACUCCUUUGUACACUUAAGUGAAAUUGCUCAUCAAAAGCCAAUCAGUGGCCUCUUUGCUGCUAAAUUUGAUGGACACCUUUUCGUCCUCAUUAUAAUCUUUUUCUCAGGAACACCCUCCUUUCUGAAACACUCUCCUGUCCCCCUCCAACUUUCCAUGUUCUGUCUCUCCUUGGUCACUCUUUGUGCGUUCCUCCUUUUCCGACCUCUAAAUACCAGAUUGGGCUAUACCUGGCCUCUAUUUUCUAUUUAUACUUUUCCCUGGCUUUAAAUGUUGAUUACCAGGUAAUAAUUCUGAAAUAUUUAUCUCCAGCCUAAACCUUUUCUCUAGCUCUAAACUUGAACAUCCACUACUUGGAUGUCACAUAGGCAUCUCAAAUUUUACAAGUCUAAAAGAACUGUCAAUAUUUUUUCCCUCUAAAUCACUUCCUCCCCUAUCUUCUUACUAAAUGGUGCCACUGUCUGUCUAUUUACUCAAGCCAGAAACCUUGUUCCUACCUUUCUCUGGUGUCCCUCAUAUCCCAUUCAUCAGUAGGUCCUACUACUUCUAUUAUAGUGUAUUUCUUGAAAUUGUCUUUUCUAUUUCCACUGUGAUCACCCUCGUCUGAGCCCUGUUAUUAAUCAUGGAGACCAGUGUUUCUCAAACUCUAGUGAAGGAACAGCUUUUUUCAGUGCACUGUGACUGAUACUUUUGUGCAGCUUUGCUGCAUGGAACUAUCCAUGUCAACUAGACAACACAGAACAGGUUUAUAGUCUGUUUAGUGAGAUAAGCCUAUUGAUCACAUUCUGAGAUGUUGCAGCCAUGUCAUGGCUACAAAAGUUUCUGAACAUUUACUCUUAAUUUCUGCAGUUACCUCCUCCUAAAUUGGAAACCAACAGUUCUCAGAAGGGCACUGGUUUGCUGACCUUACUCUGAAUAGCAUUGGCAAGGCUGUGCUGAAGCCUCACUGAACUGUCUGCUUCCACUGCAGAUCUUCUCUAACCUGUUUCCUACAGAGCAGCCAGAGUGAUCUUUAAAGUCAGAUCUCACCAUUUUCCUGUUUAAAAUCUUGCAAGGAAUAAAGUUUUUAAAUAGGCACAAUCCUGCUUAAUCUGCCUCCUGUCCAUCUGGCCACCCCAUCUCUUAGUACUACUCAUCCAAUCCUGGAUUCCUUAGAUAAACCAGAAUUCUGCCUCGGGGCUGUUCCCUUGGCUUGGACUUCUUUUCCCUUGGUUCUUAGCAUGGAUAGCUCCUCAUCCUUAUGUUUCAGCUUAAAUAUCACCUCCUCAGAGAGUGUGUCCAGACUACCCCAUCAGAAGUAGCACCUCUCCCCACCUGAUCUGUACUGUGUGAACUUCAUUGAUAGCGCUUACACCAUCUAUAGAUUUAUUUACUUGUUUGUUGUCUCUAUUCCCUGGUAUAAUGUAAGCUUCACGGGAUAUGCAUCUUCUCUGUCCUGUUUGCCAAACACUAAAUAAAUAUGGAUUAAGCAUGAAUUAAUGGUCCAGAAAGGCUUCACGGAGAAGUAGGCCUCUGAGGAUGUAAAAUAGUUGAAAUCUGACUUACUGAAUUUUACUUAUUAGACUCAAUUUCCAGUAUGUGUAAAUAGUACAAGAAGGUUUGGUGGAGAUGAAAAGUUCUUCCGCUCUUGACAGAAGGCAACACUGAAUAAUGGAAAGAGCAUUGGGCUGGAAAUGGCUUUGACACUAAUUAACUCCAUGGGCUUGGGGCAAGUUCCUCCUUUGCCUCAAUUUUCUUCACCUGGAAAGGAGAGGUUUGUUCCUGAGGACUUGGAGUUCAUCUAACCUGCCAGCACUAUCUUACUCAGUAUUCAUUUAAACAAGUAUUUGGCACUCAUACUACCCAGAAGGAGCUCUUCGAUGUUGUGGCUAAUCCCUUGGUAGAUGACCUUAUUCAUGGCAAGAAUGGUCUCCUUUUUACAUAUGGUGUGACGGGAAGUGGGAAAACUCACACCAUGACUGGUUCUCCAGGGGAAGGAGGGCUACUUCCUCGUUGUUUGGGCAUGAUCUUUAACAGUAUCGGGUCAUUUCAAGCUAAACGAUAUGUUUUUAAGUGUAAUGAUAGGAAUAGCAUGGAUAUACAGUGUGAAGUUGAUGCCUUAUUAGAACGGCAGAAAAGAGAAGCCAUGCCGCAUCCAAAGACCCCUGCUAUCAAACGACAAGCAGACCCAGAGUUUGCAGAUAUGAUAAAUUUACAAGAAUUUUGCAAAGCAGAAGAGGUUGAUGAAGAUAGUGUCUAUGGUGUAUUUGUCUCUUAUAUUGAAAUAUAUAAUAAUUACAUAUAUGAUCUAUUGGAAGAAGUUUCGUUUGAUCCCAUAAAGCCAAAGUGGAACAGUUGCAGCACGCCCAUGAGGAACACAGACUUUGUACCUCCGCAAUCUAAAUUGCUUCGUGAAGAUAAGAACCAUAACAUGUAUGUUGCAGGAUGUACAGAAGUAGAAGUAAAAUCUGUUGAGGAGGCUUUUGAAGUUUUCUGGAGAGGCCAGAAAAAGAGACGUAUUGCUAACACACAUUUGAAUCGUGAGUCUAGCCGUUCUCAUAGCGUGUUCAACAUUAAAUUAGUUCAAGCUCCACUGGAUGCAGAUGGGGAUAAUGUCUUACAGGAAAAAGAACAAAUCACUAUAAGCCAAUUGUCCUUGGUAGAUCUUGCUGGAAGUGAAAGAACUAACCGGACAAAAGCAGAAGGGAACAGAUUACGUGAAGCUGGUAACAUUAACCAGUCACUAAUGACACUAAGAACAUGUAUGGAAGUCCUGAGAGAGAACCAAAUGUAUGGAACUAACAAGAUGGUUCCAUAUCGCGAUUCAAAGUUAACUCAUCUAUUUAAGAACUACUUUGAUGGAGAAGGAAAAGUACGCAUGAUUGUGUGUGUGAAUCCAAAGGCCGAAGAUUAUGAAGAAAGCUUGCAAGUCAUGAGAUUUGCGGAAGUGACCCAAGAAGUUGAAGUAGCAAGACCUGUAGACAAGGCAAUAUGUGGUUUAACGCCUGGACGGCGAUUCAGGAAUCAUGCUCGGGCAGGUCCAGUUGAACUACUGGUUACAGAAGUGGUUUUACAGAGUUUUCCACCUUUGCCAUCCUGUGAAAUUUUGGAUAUCAAUGAUGAGCAGACUCUCCCGAGGCUGAUUGAAGCUUUAGAGAAACGCCAUCAACUACGACAAAUGAUGACUGAUGAGUUUAACAAACAAUCUGUUACUUUUAAAGCUAUGUUGCAAGAAUUUGACAAUGGUGUUUUAAAUAAAGAAAACUACAUUCAAGGAAAACUAAAUGAAAAAGAAAAGGUGAUCUCAGGACAGAAAUUGGAAAUAGAACGACUGGAGAAGAAAAACAAAACUUUAGAAUAUAAGUCUGCCUUCCAGAUUGAAAUUUUAGAGAAAACAACUACUAUCUAUGAAGAAGAUAAGCGCAAUCUGCAGCAGGAACUUGAAACCCAGAAUCAGAAACUUCAGCGACAGUUUUCUGACAAACGCAGACUAGAAGCCAGGUUACAAGGCAUGGUGACAGAAACAACAAUGAAAUGGGAGAAAGAAUGCGAGCGUCGAGUGGCAGCUAAACAGCUGGAGAUGCAAAAUAAACUCUGGGUGAAAGAUGAAAAACUGAAACAACUAAAGGCUAUUGUUACUGAACCCAAAACUGAAAAGCCAGAGAGACCCUCUCGGGCACGAGAUCAAGAAAAAGCUCCUCAAAGAUCUGUUUCUCCAUCGCCAGUACCCCUUUCUAGUAACUAUAUUGCUCAGAUUUCCAACGGCCAGCAACUCAUGAGCCAGCCACAACUACAUAGGCGCUCUAACUCUUGCAGCAGCAUUUCUGUAGCUUCCUGUAUUUCGGAGUGGGAGCAGAAAAUUCCUCCGUACAACACACCUCUCAAUGUCACAUCCAUUGCAAGGCGUAGGCAGCAGGAGCCAGGACAAAGUAAAACUUGUAUCGUGUCAGACAGAAGGCGAGGGAUGUACUGGACUGAAGGCAGGGAGGUGGUUCCUACAUUCAGAAAUGAGAUAGAAAUAGAAGAGGAUCAUUGCUGCAGGAAUGUACCACCACUUCGUCUCCGACACAGACGAUCACGCUCUGCAGGAGACAGAUGGGUAGAUCAUAAGCCUGCCUCUAACGUGCAAACUGAAACAGUCAUGCAGCCACAUGUCCCUCAUGCCAUCACAGUAUCUGUUGCAAAUGAAAAGGCACUAGCUAAGUGUGAGAAGUACAUGCUGACCCACCAGGAACUAGCCUCCGAUGGGGAGAUUGAAACUAAACUAAUUAAGGGUGACGUUUAUAAAACAAGGGGUGGUGGACAAUCUGUUCAGUUUACUGAUAUUGAGACUUUGAAGCAAGAAUCACCAACUGGUCGAAAACGGAGAUCUUCCACAGUAACACCUGCCCAACCAGAUGGUGCAGAGUCUGAAUGGACCGAUGUAGAAACAAGGGUAGGGUGUUCUGUGGCUGUAGAGAUGAGAGCAGGGUCUCAACUGGGUCCUGGAUAUCAGCAUCACGCACAACCCAAGCGCAAGAAGCCAUGAACUGACAGUCUAAUUAAUGAAAGAACAUUUUGUGUCAGUAAUUUCUUCAAGACCAUGCCAGAAGGAGUCUUCUGAGUCAUCUUGUAGAAGUCCAACUUUGACUAUCACAGACCUCAGAUACAUCAUACACUGGCCUAGAUCAGAGAUUUCUGUCUGGUUCCAAAGACAUCUAGGAUUCAACAAACUUUUUAUAUCCCUUGCCAUAUUUAAUAUUAAUAGAGAAAGACCCCCCUUUUCUCAUUGCUGCAUGAACUUUUUAAUAAUGCUAUUUUUGUAUAUUUGUAUACUUAUAAACUAAUUCAUGCAAGUGUUUGUCUUGGGUGAUUAAGGAAGAAUAUAUCUAGAUCACGCUUUAUUUUUUAUUGUGACUUUUCCAGCUCUUGUCUGAAUAUUAAGGUUUUAUAAACAAAACAAAUGCUGCUAUUGAUUAGCUGCAAGAAUGCACUUUAGACAUAUUUGACAAUUCAAACUUUCAAAAUAAAGAUGUCAAUGACUGGCCAAUACUAAAACCA